CAUACAGGACAGGAGAAGUGGGACUGUGCAGAGUCCAUACAGGACAGGAGAAGUGGGACUAUGCAGAGUCCAUUAAGGACAGGAGAAGUGGGACUGUGCAGAGUCCAUAGGGGACAGGAGAAGUGGGACUGUGCAGAGUCCAUACGGGACAGGAGAAGUGGGACUGUGCAGAGUCCAUACGGGACAGGAGAAGUGGGACUGUGCAGAGUCCAUACGGGACAGGAGAAGUGGGACUGUGCAGAGUCCAUACAGGACAGGAGAAGUGGGACUGUGCAGAGUCCAUACGGGACAGGAGAAGUGGGACUGUGCAGAGUCCAUACAUACAGAAUGAGA